AUGAGUUAAAGUAAUAUUUUAGAUAAUAAAAGCAACCUCGCUACGUCUCAUGUAGUAGAAGAUAGAAAGCCGGGAUAGGGAGCGUCUGCUGGUGAUUGCGAAAGAUGUACAAAAUUAGACUAGCAAUACGAUGAAUAGUAAUUAAAAAUUUUUUUUGUAGUGAUCUUAAUCAUUAGAUUUUUAUUUGAAAUACAAGAAUAUCAUUAAAAAUUAAUCAUUUUAAAAGAAGUUCUUAAGCUUGCCCAACAUAAAUUUAGCAAUAUCACUAAAAAUAACAUACACACAGCAAUACUAAAUUUUAAUUUAUUUUAAAUAUCAAGAGUAAAAGCUUCUGAAAGAUUAAAAUAAAAUAAUGAAGAUUUGAGAGUUAAGAUAGAUGAACUUUCUUCAAUACUUUAGGAAAAAAUAGAAGCCUUAAAAUAGAAGAAGGCUCCUUAAAAGAAAUAGAAAUCAGUUGAUCCAGUUAAAAAAGAAUUAGAUGUUAUCAGUAAAAGGAUUUUUAUGGCAUAAAGACAACUAAAAAUACUUGAAGAUAAACAAUCAUCCAACUAAAAUGUCCAAAGAAUCACUGAAAUGAAAAAUGAAAUAACAGAGAAAUAAAUGUUGCUUUAAAAGUUAAUUAAAGAAAAUAAACUCCUUGAAGACAUCAAGAUACAGAAUGAAGCUAUAUUAGCUGAAAGAGAAGCUGCUUAGGAAAUCAAAGACUUAGAAGAAGAAGCUAUAGGUUUAAGAGGGCUACUCAAAGAUGUAAGAAAAGAAGAUAGAUAAAUAGAAAAGGAAAUGACUAAACAGUGUUAAUAUUUAAUAGCACUUGAAUAAAAGCACAAAGAGGUCUGUGAAAAGUUUGGCAUAUCACCAACUUUAAAUCAAACUAGGUUUGAUAACUUAUAAGAUCUGAUUGCUGAAAAUCAUAAGAAUCGAUAAAAAAUCAAUGAAAAAUAAGAAAAAGAAAAGAAAAAAAAGCUAGGAGAUAUAGAAAUUAAUGCAGAGUCUUACAAAAAGUUAAAUGAAGAUAUCAAAAAAAAGAAAUAAGAAAAGUAAGAUUUGGAUAUCAGUUAGAAAAAAGAAUUAGAUGACAUUUAAAGCAAAAUUAAGCAAGUGAGUGCAGAGAGAGAAACUAUCCUUUUGAGACUAAGAGAUAAGGAAAAGGAACUCAAUAUUGCUAUUAUGAAGAUUAAUGAACUAAAAAGACUAACUAAACAUAAUGCCUUACAGCCAUUAGUUUUGGAAUCUAUCAAAGGAAAUAGACAAGAUGUUGGUUUAUACAUGAAAAUGAAGAAAGAAUACAGAAGAGAACAAAAGGGUGUUUCAGUAGGUUCUGAGACAGCUUGCUCUUGGGAUAAUAGCAACGAAUUGCCAGAGACAAAAGAUUAUUAAAUUUAACAAAUUAAUAUUUGGUUCUAAGAGGAGUAAAUUAAGGGAAUAUAGGUAGAAUAUAAGUUGAGAAAUGGAGAGAAAGUUGUUCUUGAUGGAUUUUUCCCUAAAUCAACAGAGAAUCUUUAGGAAAAAGUCUUAAAAUUAAGAGGACCUGAAUAUAUCUAGAGCAUAUCUGGGUAUUAUAAUAAUUACUUUAUUGAAUAUUUAAGAAUAGUUUCAUCAAGAGGCAAUUACAUCUUAGCUGGUACAGAAAAAAACUAAUCUCGUUGCAAGAAAUUUGAAUUCGAUAUCAAGAAAGACGAAAAACCUAUAUCCUUCUUUGGAGUUGUCGAUAAAAUAAACUUGAAAAAAAAUAGAGAAUCCGAAACAUAGUAAGAUGAAGAUAUGGUACUUAUCAGUUUUGGUAUUGAGUUAAAAAAGAGAGAUGCAAUGAAUAAAGUUGACUCCAUUUCUAAUAGAACUAAUGGAAAUAGUGUAUAUUAAAAUAAUAACUAAUAUGACGAAGAUGACUAUGAACUAUAUGCAGAUCUUUCAAAGAAGAAUCAACCUAAAAACGGAUAAAGAAAGAUCAUUGAUGCAAAUAACUCAAAAGUUCACUCUGAAUUUAACGAUUUUGACAAUAAUCAAAAUAUUAAUAUUACGAAUGAAGCAAAUGAAAACAAAGAAUUUAGAUAAUCUGUAGAAAACUCGCCACAAGCAAAUAAAGUCUAAAAUUAAAAUUCUCCAUAAAAUAAUCAAAAGAAAAACCCUGUAACAAAAUAAGGAUCAAUCCACAACAGUCCUUAAAACAAAAAGAAACAAGAAGAGAAUUCCAAUAUCUUAAAUAACAGUUAAGAAAAAGUAGUAAAUUAAUAAAAUGGUGGUGUAAGCAACUAAGAUGGACAAUAACAAAAGAGAAAAUAAUCUGAGCAUUAAAACAACAAUUAAAAAUAAGAAAAUCAUAAUCCUUAACAAUAAUAGUAAUAGUAAUAAAACUCUCAUUAAGAAAAUUCAUAGAAUAAUUCUAAAGUUUAGCAAUAGUAACCAUAAAAGGAAGACUCUCAAUUGCAUUAACAACAAAACUCUCAAUAGUAGUAACAACAUUAAAAUUCUUAAGAUCAACAACAUCUCUAAGAUAAACAAAAAAAUUCUUAAGAUCAACAACAUCUCUAAGAUUAACAAAAAAAUCCUUAAGGACACUCAGAGUAAAAUGAGCAAUUAUAGCAACAUAAUAAUUCUUGA